AUGGAACCAUUUACGGAAAAGGAAUUAUUGGAGACAAUAAAUGAUAUGGGUUACGAUCUUUCUUCUGAAGAACUAGUAUUUUUCAAAAAAGAAAUGGAUAAGUUCUUGGAUGAGCUGGAAAGAGAAAACGAACAAGAGUCAGAGGAUCAGAAUGUGUCAUUUAAUUCUCUAAUGAAAAAUGUUGCUCGGCUAUCUGCUUGUGACGUACCAUGCUACUCUGAUAGAGAGGGAUUAAUUUAUGCGGAGCAGUAUCGUCAUCUUCCAUCUUACGGAAAUCUUGAAUUGCGUAAAAAGCACGAAAAUAUCGCGCGAUCUUCCACAUCGAUUAAUCGCUACGGACUACUAGAUCAUGAUGAAAUUGUAGACAUCUUGGAUGAUGGUUAUCGUUGCCUUCGACAAAUUGCUACAGAUAACAGUCGCUUGCAAGACCUAAAUAGCCGUCUGGAGGAAAGUUUGUAUCGUAGUCGUGCGAGGUCACUUUCUUCUGAUGAAGACAAGCAGAACUUUACAUCUGAUCAAACAAUAAACGAUGUGAAAGAACAUAGCGAUGAAGCGAAAAGUAACAAUGUACAAAUUGCCGUGGAUCCUGCUAUACGACCGGUUCUACAUCCUCUUCCCGGUGGAGUAUCGUUUCGACAUGAUCCUGUGAAAAAAUAUGAAUUAUAUAAGAAAGGGUGGUUGGAGAAUCCUCCUCCAGGUGAGAAGAAGCGAUUGUCAUUGAGGUGGAAAGUACGAGAGUUUAUGCUGCGACGAGACAUUUCCGGAGUUAAACCUCUAGAUUUAGCUCGAAGAAGAAUAUCAAAUCCUGAUUGGUGUCCACGUCCUUAUCUCGACUAA